AUGUCGGAACUCCGCCGUCGCAUCUUUGGACGGUCAGGGACGCCAGACUCAACACCCGCCAGCUCCCGCGAUAGCAGUCCAGCGCCAGGACAGGAAACGAACAAAGAUGGCUCGGAAUACCAAGUGGUGCCGCGGAGGAAGAUGGAGAGACUGCGAAGUGAUCUGAGAAUAUUGAGAGGUAAGGGAAGAAAAAGACGGAUGGCUUGGAUCUUUGCGCUGGGAGGGGUGUUUGGCAUAUUCCUGGCUGGAUUCUUCGCUACUAGCAAUGGGAGCUUCGAUCAAUUGGUGCAAUUCACGGGCAUGAAGGACAUGAACUUGGACUCGAUACUGGACAUUCUGCCUACUGGGGUCAUCAGGGACGUCCAAGAGCUACAGACACAUGAAAAAGAAGCCGUGAACUACGACUCUUUCUCUAUUGGCCUCGCGGCGCGGUCAGAAGGUAUAUCUGCCAAAUAUCCAGUCAUCAUGAUACCAGGUGUUAUCUCGACAGGACUGGAGAGCUGGGGCACGGAGGAGCAGUCGCGGCAGUACUUCAGGAAGCGACUAUGGGGCUCGUGGAGCAUGAUGAGAGCGAUGGUGUUGGACAAGGCCAGCUGGAAGCGGCAUAUUAUGCUGGACAAGGCUACCGGUCUGGAUCCACCUGGCAUCAAGCUGCGCUCUGCUCAAGGCUUCGAUGCGGCAGACUUCUUCAUUACCGGCUACUGGAUUUGGAACAAGAUUCUGGAAAACCUGGCCACCAUCGGCUACGACCCGAGCAACGCCUUCACAGCAGCUUACGACUGGCGGCUCAGCUACCAGAACUACGAAAUCCGAGACCAGUACUUCACCCGGCUGAAGAACCACAUUGAAGUUGGCAAACAGCUCACCGGCCUCAAAGUAGUACUCCUAUCCCACUCAAUGGGUUCGCAAGUGCUGUACUACUUCUUCCACUGGGCGGAAGCUGAAGGCUACGGCAAUGGCGGGCCCACUUGGGUGAAUGAUCAUAUCGAAUCCUGGAUCAACAUCUCCGGCUGCAUGCUUGGAGCACUGAAAGACGUGCCGGCAGUGCUCAGUGGUGAGAUGCGCGAUACAGUCCAGCUCAAUGCCUUUGCGGUCUACGGCCUUGAGAAGUUCUUGUCACGUUCCGAACGAGCCGACAUAUUCCGGGCUAUGCCAGGAAUUAGCAGCAUGCUACCGAUCGGCGGAGAGGCUGUCUGGGGCAAUGCCACUUGGGCACCGGACGACAGGCCUGGUCAGAACUUUACAUAUGGCAAGUUUUUGAACUUUCGAGAGACUAAUAGCUCUUCGUCGCCCGGCAACUUGACCAUAGCACAGUCACUGCCAUACUUGUUCAAUCAUACUGAGCAAUGGUAUGUGAAUGAGAUAAAACGGAGCUACAGCCAGGGUGUCGCACAUAGCAAGAAGGAAGUGGAGGAGAACCAGCGGGUGCCUCAGAAGUGGAUGAAUCCGCUCGAGACAAGGCUGCCUCAUGCUCCGGACAUGAAGAUCUUUUGCUUUUACGGGGUUGGCAAGCCGACUGAGCGAGCUUACUAUUACCGCGAGGACGGUGCAAUCAAUAGCACGGCAGUGAUGAUCGACUCAAGCGUCACUACUCCUAAUGGUGGUGUUGACCAUGGAGUCGUUCUGGGAGAAGGCGACGGCACAGUCAACCUUCUGUCUUCCGGCUAUAUGUGUAGCAAAGGCUGGAAGAUCGACCGCUACAACCCAGCGAAGAUCCCCGUCAUCACAUACGAGAUGCCUCACGAGCCAGACCGCUUCAGUCCCAGAGGUGGUCCGAAUACUGGAGAUCACGUCGAUAUCCUUGGACGAAGUAGUCUCAACGAUCUCAUCUUGCGAGUCGCAGGAGGGAAAGGGCAUACUAUCACGGAUACGAUCUACUCGAAUAUUCGGGAUUACGCUAAGAGGGUCAAGAUCUAUGAUGAUGAUGCGGAAGAGGAGGAGCGGCGGCAUGCACUGGAGGGUGAUGGGGACUCGGACUGA